AUGGAUGAGUGGAAAGCUUUCAAUUACAUUCCCAUGCUUUCAGUGAAUAUUCAAUUCGCAGCAGUGUUUGCAGUCUUCUUGGCCGUUCAAGUCCUUUACAGCUGGCAUCUCCAUACAAAGUACUCUUCCAGCUUGGGGAAGACUAAACUCAAAAGGUUCCAUCUCAUGAUGAUUCCAUUUUCAAUUGGAAUGGCUCUCGAAGUUGUAGGCUUCGCUGGAAGAAUCAUUAACCAUUACGAUUUGCAAUCUUUAGCAGGAUUUAUUAUUCAAGCUGUUUGCAUACUUCUUGGACCUACGUUCAUGGCAGCAACGAUUUACAUGCUGUUUGGAGAAAUCGUGAAGACCUUAGAUGCGAGCCAUCAUUCAGUUGUUCCAAUUGCGAAACUCACCAAGAUAUUCGUUGGUGGAGAUUUAUUAUCGUUGACAUUACAGAGCACAGGUGGCUCCCUCACCACUAAUGACCUGAAGAUGCUCUACAAUAUAGGCGAAAAGAUAAUUCUAGGAGGCUUGUUUGUUCAAUUGAUCUUUUUUGGCGUUUUUGUUCUCUGUGUUUUGCUGUUCUAUGUUAAAUGCUCCAAUUCCCCAACCAAGAGUGCUGCCAUGAAUUCUGCUCGUUCGAGCAUUAUUCAAAAUUGGAAAAUCCACGUCAUUCUGUUGGUCGUAGCCUCGCUACUCAUUCUUGGAAGAUCUGUCUAUAGGGUUAUUGAGUUCUUGCAAGGUGCCAAUGGAAUCCUUAUUUCAGAUGAGAAGUAUCUCUUCUUACUAGACAGCCAUCUCGUUGCUCUGGCAGCACUUCACAUGAUUGUAUUUUACACCCCCAGUAUGUUAUGUUACACAGAAAAGGAAAACAUGAAAUCAAGCACUAUUCGGACAGAUCAGAAGUUUUCCGUUCCUGAAACAGAGCCUGUAUCUGUAUAA